UUCAGUUUAAAAUCAUCCAGCGGAUCGGAUACACUUAACCACGCAGCUCGCGCUCCUCACACAUCAAUUUUUUUUAUUUUGUAAAUUACAAACCCUUCUCCUUUUCGAAAAAUCUCUCAAUAAUAUCAAAGUUUUUUCCAUUGUACUGUAUUACAUUUCUCUCUCUCAAAAGAAAGAAAUCAGUUGAUACGCUGUAGUGAUUGAGAUUGGCAAAAAAAAACGCGAAGAGAAAGAAGGGAGAGUUAACAAGAAAAAAAAAAAAGAAGUGCCAGAAAGAAGGAUAAUCCCCAUUCGUGUGCCCUAUUGGAGAUUUUAUUUUAUCCUGUUUUUUUAAAAUUUAAGAGAAAGGAACGCAAAAAAAUCGGAAUUUUUUAGUGCUAAAAAGUGAUUAAUUGGAGAAUUUAUAUUGAAAAUAUAUUUUUUGCAUAUUUUUUUCGAUUGCGGACAGUCCAACGAGAAAAACACUCACACCAUUUAUCGUCACCAUCGUUCACAAAGAAAGUGUUGCAUAAGUGAAAUUAUGAUCGAUCCGUACAAUUGCAAUAGUGUUGCGACUUCGAAUUAAGACAAGUUUGCUCAUUAACUUCUUCCAUUUGAACAUUUACCUACAUUGCAAAUCCUAUAUAGUAAGGAGGACAAGAAAAAAGACAAAGUUCUGUUUAACGAUCACAUCAGAAGGAGGAAUUGCCCCAGAGUGAUUGAAAAUUUAUCUAAAAGAGAAAAGAGAAAAAAAAAGGAAAGAAUAUUUGUACAAAGUGAGAUGUUGCCCAUGUGAGGGGAAUUUUGUAUCUAAAAGUUAGACAAUUAAGGAGCUGUGGUGCAGCAAAAGGCAAACAAGACGAGAUUUAGAAAGGAAAGAAAGAUUUCUUAACGCCUGAGGAUUAAUUGAGGUGGUGGCGUGUUUGGUUUUUAGUGUGUUUGCUGAAGAGAUCGCCAAGAGAUCACAAUUUCUUUUUAAUUCACAAAAGAGCCCCCGAACCGUUGAGUUUUGGAACAACUUCUUCAGCUCCCCAUUCAGCACACGGCAAGAUUAGACCAUCACAAUGGACAUUGUGGCGCGGAAGAAUGAGGAGAACCUUAAAAUAACACGAGAAUUGGAACUGAGAGAAAAUUCAGAGGACACAAAUGAUAGGUCAGUCAUACAGAAAUUCUACCAUGGAAAGAAUCUCUUCAUCACAGGGGCUACAGGUUUUAUGGGAAAAAUUCUAAUUGAUAAAUUACUAAGAGCAUGCACAGGAAUUGAAAACAUCUACAUUCUUGUACGACCCAAGAAAGGAAAAGAUAUUCACACCCGCAUUGAAGAAAUAUUUGAUGAUCCGGUUUUCAACAAAUUAAGAGAUGAAGUGCCUAAAUUUCGACACAAAAUUGUUGCAAUACCAGGCGAUUGUGCAAUAGCCGGUCUCGGUCUGAAGUUGACAGAUCGGCAGACGCUAAUCUCCAACGUGAACAUUGUCUUCCAUGCAGCCGCCACGGUGCGCUUCGACGAGAAACUCAAACUUGCGGUCGGUAUCAAUGUUCACGGCACGAGAGAUAUGCUCAACCUAUGUCAGCACAUGAAGCAAUUGAAGGUAAGAUAGGAUUUAACUUAACAUGCGGCCCUCCCAUUUGUAUAUAGCACCUACAUAAUCAUACCUACAUAUGUACAUAUAUCCAUCUAAUGGUACUUCCUCCAUGUUUCUUUCGGCGCUCCACGAAGAGGAGCGUCCGCUCUUCACGGCCUUGACACAUUUAACACGGACCAUUGGUAUGAACGAGCGCGCAAGGUGGGAACAAAAGCGACAUAUGUAUAUUCAUAAUAUCUCGAUCAGCCGCAAUAUUUGGGCAGACUUUCGUCGGUGUGUUGAGAAAGUCUCUCCCAAACAUUAUCAACCCAAACAUACGGGCGAUAUACACAACUCAGGUGAAUCGCACCAUUAAAGAUGGUGUGGUAAAAAUUUAAACAGACAUCUGCGUACCUCACUGCGGACACAUAGCACCGAAAAUAUUUUGUUUUUAUUUUCACCUUUUACAUCAUUCUCUUUCGUGAAAUAGGAGUUACACAAUAUUUCGUAUAUGUAUGCGACAAUCGUCCAUCGUGAGAGAUAUACCUCACAGGGCUGUAGUUGGGCUACAUUGUACCACACGAGAGAUGAUUGCUUGUGCUUACCCAUGUAUAUGCAUUUAAUUGAAUUAAUUUUGUUAGUUUUAUUAAAUUGCUAUAAAUGCUUAAUCGCUUGAUUAUUUUAUAGGAAAUUUUUAUCUCCUAACCAGAUUUUUUUCUCAAUGGAAAAUAGAUUUUUUAAUUUUUUUUUCUAACUCAUCUGAUUUGAGCUUUUUAAUACAUAUUGGGGUUAAAAGCUCAGCUUCUGAGAAAUAUUUUAAAGCUUCUUUUAGUCAAAAAUUUGUGUGCUAUAUGUCUUGUUGAAUAAUGUUGUAUUUUAAGGCAUUGGACAGAAGAAAAUAAUUACUAAAGCUUCAGCAGAAGCUCUGGAAAAAUUCAGAAACUAACUUUAUUUCAGAUUUUCCUCUUGUCCUUGGUUAUAAGAAAAGCAUAAAUAGAAUGUUUAAUUCAUGAAUUUUUUAAAGAAAAAUAAAAGAAUUUUUACCAAUCAAGUUUAGAGUUAACAACAAGUAGAAAAAAAGAAGUGCAAAAGCUUGGGAAAAAUUAGACAAACAUCGAGAUAUUUUCUAUUAAUUUUUUUUGGAAAAUUAAUAAUUUUCAUUAACCAAAAAAUUAAAGUAAAAACCGUCAGAAUUUCGAUUAAUGUUGUAUGAAAAUUCUGCAAAACAAUCAUUUGAUGUUGAAUGUUGGGAAAUUUCUUCUAGAUGUGUUUGGAAGACAUUAUAAAUGUAUUCUAACCAUUUAAUCUUAAAGCUUUUCAAUUCUUUUCCGAAAAAACAUAAAGAAGCUUAUAUUAGAGGAUAAAAAAGAUUUUAGAGUCAUUUUAUAGAAAAUUCCAGGGAAAAUUCGUUUUAAGAAAGAAAACCUACUCAACUUGGAACUAAGAACUAACUCCCCUUUUAUUUUAAGAAAAAUCUCAAGCAAAUUCAAAGUAAUUCCUUAAAUAAAGAAAAUCAUUUCUGCUUUAUUUUCAAUUAGAGGAAAACUUUUCUGCCAUAUCCUUACUUUCAAGCGAUCUGUUAAAAGAAACAAAACAACUAAACUCACUAAACUAUUUCACUUAAGAUUUAAUUAAAUUAACGAAUUAUUUUUAGCAAAAUAAAUGCUCAUUGACAUGAAUUUUGCAGUGUCGUCAUUCUAGAAAUUCCAAAGUAAAAAAAAAUAAAAGAAAAAGCAUAACCAUUUAUCAAAUUGAGGUGAUCACUUCACGUGGUGAUCUUUUGCAAAUAAAAGAAUUUUUACCAAUCAAGUUUAGAGUUAACAACAAGUAGAAAAAAAGAAGUGCAAAAGCUUGGGAAAAAUUAGACAAACAUCGAGAUAUUUUCUAUUAAUUUUUUUUGGAAAAUUAAUAAUUUUCAUUAACCAAAAAAUUAAAGUAAAAACCGUCAGAAUUUCGAUUAAUGUUGUAUGAAAAUUCUGCAAAACAAUCAUUUGAUGUUGAAUGUUGGGAAAUUUCUUCUAGAUGUGUUUGGAAGACAUUAUAAAUGUAUUCUAACCAUUUAAUCUUAAAGCUUUUCAAUUCUUUUCCGAAAAAACAUAAAGAAGCUUAUAUUAGAGGAUAAAAAAGAUUUUAGAGUCAUUUUAUAGAAAAUUCCAGGGAAAAUUCGUUUUAAGAAAGAAAACCUACUCAACUUGGAACUAAGAACUAACUCCCCUUUUAUUUUAAGAAAAAUCUCAAGCAAAUUCAAAGUAAUUCCUUAAAUAAAGAAAAUCAUUUCUGCUUUAUUUUCAAUUAGAGGAAAACUUUUCUGCCAUAUCCUUACUUUCAAGCGAUCUGUUAAAAGAAACAAAACAACUAAACUCACUAAACUAUUUCACUUAAGAUUUAAUUAAAUUAACGAAUUAUUUUUAGCAAAAUAAAUGCUCAUUGACAUGAAUUUUGCAGUGUCGUCAUUCUAGAAAUUCCAAAGUAAAAAAAAAUAAAAGAAAAAGCAUAACCAUUUAUCAAAUUGAGGUGAUCACUUCACGUGGUGAUCUUUUGCACGAUCACGGUCAAAUAGCUCGCGAAAGGAAAUCAAAAGUGCUGGGAAAUCCCGAGAAAUGCCUAAAUAUCGAAUGCAAUUAAAGAACAAGGCUAAAGAAGAUCGCGUAGCCCACGAAUUUUUUUGCUUUUUAGUCAUUUCUCUUUACGUGCAAAAAUCGACCUCUUCGGAGACCUUUUUUAUUGUGUGCCAAAUAUGCAUAUAUAUAUAUACGAAUCAAAUUGAGUCAUUGCCACCAUUCCUCUCGCUUGGAGGCACACACAAAAAAAAACCGAUGACGCCUCCCCGUCGUAACACACAUUUUAAGUAUUCAACUGCAUUUCUGUUGCCACCAAUGCGUGAACCAAAAUAUUAUGGAUUUUUGAUACACAUAAAUAUUUUAUCACAAGAUAUGGAUGGGGGUCCUGACUACACACAGUGGUGGUCAUGAAUGUGGCGGUAUUGGUGAGGUUGGAGUGAAGAAAAAAAUGAUAAUAUAUUUUAUGUAAUAAUACUAACAUAUGGCAACGUAACACAAAUUGCUGCUGCUUCUUAUGUCACAUACAGUAUCCAUCGAGCUUGAGCCUCCUCAAUGGUCAAUGAGUUUGCAAAGGGAAACGCGCUUUAAUCACACCACGUUGUCUUUUUUUUUCUUCUUGUGCCACUUUUGCACACACCAAGUCUACAUAUAGCCCAUAUAUUGGCUCCUACCUCAAUGCUCUCAUGCUCUCUAACCCUAAUCUUUCACUCACAAAACCUUGUGCUUUUAUCCCGAAUUUUUAGCUCAAGGAUUUGCCAAUUUGGCAGAAGAAAUUGGUGCCCAAAUUG